AUGGCCGACCAGUUCAAGGCACGGACGUUGAAACGCAAGAACGUCAAAGGUCUUGCCCUCAAUGCGACCCCCAAGCCCGCCGCCGCGAAUGCCUCUGAUGGCGAUGCCCAAGUUCCCGGGGCGGUCGGUAACUCAGAGGGCACUCGUACAGAUACCCUGGAAAUUGGCCUGGAGUUCCGACUCGAUCUCCGCAGUGAGGACUUGGUGACGUUGAAAGAACUGGGAGCCGGUAAUGGAGGCACAGUCUCCAAGGUGAUGCACGCAUCGACCAAGGUUAUCAUGGCCCGAAAGAUCAUCCGAGUCGAUGCCAAAGAAAACGUGCGAAAACAGAUUCUCCGAGAACUUCGAGUGGGACACGACUGCAAUUCCAACAAUAUUGUGACAUUCUACGGUGCCUUCCAGAACGAGGCCCGAGACAUCGUCCUGUGUAUGGAAUAUAUGGACUGCGGAUCUCUUGACCAUAUCUCAAAGAACUUCGGUCCCGUUCGAGUUGACGUGCUGGGCAAAAUUACAGAAUCUGUUCUUGCUGGUCUGGUCUAUCUGUAUGAAGUUCACCGUAUCAUGCAUCGCGAUAUCAAACCUUCCAACAUCCUAGUCAACUCCCGCGGAAACAUCAAGCUGUGUGAUUUUGGUGUAGCUACGGAAACCGUCAACUCUAUCGCCGAUACCUUUGUUGGAACGUCGACCUACAUGGCCCCGGAGCGUAUUCAGGGAGGCGCCUAUACCGUCCGCUCAGAUGUGUGGAGUGUUGGUUUGACCGUCAUGGAACUGGCCGUUGGACGAUUCCCAUUUGAUACUUCGGAAUCUGCGGCCGGAGACCGAGCCAGUGCCGGCCCAAUGGGUAUUUUGGAUCUGCUUCAGCAAAUCGUUCACGAGACUGCUCCUAAGCUGCCCAAGAGUGAUGCUUUCCCGCCCAUCCUGCAUGACUUUGUUGGCAAGUGUCUACUGAAGAAGUCUGAGGAGCGCCCAACUCCACGGGAGCUUUAUGACAAGGAUGCUUUCCUACAAGCAGCAAAGCGUACCCCAGUCGACCUGCAAGAAUGGGCCAUCAGUAUGAUGGAACGUCACAACCGCAAGUCCUACUUACAGCCCCCUGCGCCGAAGUCUCUCAAGGACACUCAAACUUCCACUCCGACAACUUCAUCUACUGUCCCUACACCACCAGCAGCAGCACCCCCAGCCCCUGCACCAAUCCCGGCACCAAUCUCCAAGCCUCCUCCCCCACCCAUCAGCAAGACAGUCCGCCCCCCACAGCCACAGCAAUCGCCCUACCAACAACAGCCUUCCUCGGGUGAAAUCCCACUCAACAUCGGCAACGAGUUCCCCAUGCCAAACCGCUACUACGGCCACCAGCCUCAAAGCUACUCGUCCCGCACCAACUCCGCAAAGUCUCCACCACCACCAUCAUUGGAGCACCUGUCCCUGGAAACAAAAGACGACAGCGAUCACCGAUCCCGCCGCCCCAGCCGCCAGCAUCUAGGCGAUCCCGUCUCAGCCGUCGACGCACCUUCGCGACCCUUCAUGAGCCCGCGCUCCGCAAGCUCCCACAACACCAAGUCUCGCACAAACUUGAACCCAGCUACAUUGCCCAUCCGCGCGACUCCCCCGCCAACCGGUCCGCCUCCACCCCCACCAGUCUCCGCGGGUGGAAACUAUCGUGGAUACCCUGGGUAUGGUAUGCCAGGUGCAACAUCCUGA